AUAUACGAACUCUGAAAUUUGAUUCUCACAUGUGAGUCCCAGAGCCCAGGUAGUUAUUUCCUCUGUGCGACCAUUUUCCUAAAUAAAUUCAUUCUACUGUACUGAUCUGUGAUUCCCAGAGACCGGUCAUCUAUGAAGAACAUCUUCAAGAAGAAGCCUCACCACCCCAACCGAUCGAACGAGUCUCCUCAGCCUUCGUCUUCCUCUACCGUGCUCACCUCAUCAUCUUCCCCACCGUCUGCCCAUCAGCGCGAAUCUAGCACCUCUCAGCAUCCGCAGAGUCCUUCGACUGCCUCAUCUACUUCAGCUGCCGCCGCGCCAGUUGCCGCUGCAGGAGCGCCUGCUAUCAAUCCGCAACAUGACUACUAUGCCUCCGAAGAGGAUUACCAGAUACAGCUUGCCUUAGCACUCAGUGUUUCCUCAUCCCACGCUGAGGAGCCUUCCUUUGACUCCGGCAAAGGUCAGAUCCUCGGUGGAGGGAGAUAUAGUGCUGAAUCUGCUCGUGAUAGGGAGGAAGCUGCUGCUGACUUUCUGUCGAGUCACUAUUGGGAUUACAGCAUUCUUGACUAUGAGGAAAAAGUUGUUGAUGGUUUCUAUGAUGUAUAUAGCCUCUUCACAAGUCCUGCAAGUCGGGGGAAAAUGCCGUCUCUUUCUGAACUUGAAACGAAUGGUGGAAGUUCUGACUUUGAAGUUGUGAUAGUGAAUCAGAAAAUUGACCCAUCAUUGGAGGAGCUUAUACAGAUUGCACAUUGCAUAGCAUUAGAUUCCCCCACAGAUCAGAUUGGUCUGCUAGUUCAGAGACUUGCUGAACUUGUAAUAGAACAAUUGGGUGGGCAGGUGAAGGAUGCAAAUAUCAUACUAACUAGAUGGAUGGAAAGAAGUAUGGAAUUGAGAACUUCUCUUCACACCAGUGUGCUGCCUAUAGGAUCCUUAAAUAUCGGGUUGUCACGUCAUCGUGCGUUGCUGUUCAAGGAUUACAGCAUUCUUGACUAUGAGGAAAAAGUUGUUGAUGGUUUCUAUGAUGUAUAUAGCCUCUUCACAAGUCCUGCAAGUCGGGGGAAAAUGCCGUCUCUUUCUGAACUUGAAACGAAUGGUGGAAGUUCUGACUUUGAAGUUGUGAUAGUGAAUCAGAAAAUUGACCCAUCAUUGGAGGAGCUUAUACAGAUUGCACAUUGCAUAGCAUUAGAUUCCCCCACAGAUCAGAUUGGUCUGCUAGUUCAGAGACUUGCUGAACUUGUAAUAGAACAAUUGGGUGGGCAGGUGAAGGAUGCAAAUAUCAUACUAACUAGAUGGAUGGAAAGAAGUAUGGAAUUGAGAACUUCUCUUCACACCAGUGUGCUGCCUAUAGGAUCCUUAAAUAUCGGGUUGUCACGUCAUCGUGCGUUGCUGUUCAAGGUUUUGGCUGACCAUGUUGGGAUUCCUUGUAGACUAGUUAAAGGUUACACAGGUGUUGAGGAUGAUGCUAUCAACAUAAUAAAGCUACCAAAUGGGAGUGAGUUUUUGGUUGAUCUCAUGGGUGCACCCGGGACACUUAUACCAGCUGAAGUUCUAGGUGCAAAGGAUACUUGUUUCAAGCCAUAUAAUAAGCUUCCCAAUGCCCGCUCAACCAGUGGCUCCAGGCUCGACUCCUUGGAUGAUAGAAAAUAUGCUACUGGACAUGAUAUUUUAACUGUCACGAGACCAGUAAGGCCAGAAUCAAAUCCAUUGUUUUCCGAGGCAAGUGUUGGUGCAGGUUCACCAGGAUUAAGUAGUAAAGGUUCUCCUUCUCACCAGUUGGAUCAAAUCACAUCAUUGGUGAUUGGGAAGUCCCUAUACAAGGGAGGUCGUGGACCUAAUGUUGCUAGUGACGGUUCAAGGGUGAAUGUGAAUGUUCCACAUAGUGAUGACCCAAAAAAUCUUUUUGCUGAUCUCAACCCCUUUCAAAUAAAAGGGUCUGGCGUGGUUCAGAAUAACCCUUCUAGAACCGCAGGCAGUCGGGUGCAGUUUUCAAAAAAUGUCGCAGGCAAGCCUCCUGUCCCUAUGAAUUGGAAAAAUCGCUAUGCAUGCAAUGAAGUUCCAGAUGUUUUGCCAAAGAUCAAACUUGAUGCAAACAAUUAUAAUGCAUCAACAGUGGCUUCUUCCACCUCAGCUGUACAGCAGAAAGUUUUAUUUGAUACCCCUCCGAUGUUGGCAACUCAUUUUGAAUUUAGGAAGUCUUCUGUUGAAAACAACCAGAGAAGUGAUCUUGAGCAACCAUAUCAAAUGGAUGGGGACCUCCUGGAAAGUAAUGAUGCAGACACAACCAGAGCUCAUUUUCAGGAAGUCACUCUGCAGAAUAACAGCAGAAAGAUCACCCAACAUAAGUUCACUGGAACAGAUUUGAAAUUUAAGGAGCCAGUACACUCAAACACUUCAACAGGAUUAAGCUUAUCCCAGAUUAAUCAAGUAUUGGAUGAUGUGAAUGAAUGUGAAAUUCCAUGGGAAGAUCUUGUUCUUGGCGAAAGGAUUGGACUAGGUUCAUAUGGAGAGGUAUACCGCGCUGAUUGGAAUGGCACUGAGGUUGCUGUCAAGAAGUUCCUUGACCAGGAUUUCUCGGGUGCUGCUUUGGCUGAGUUUAAAAGAGAAGUGCGGAUAAUGCAACGUCUAAGACAUCCAAAUGUAGUUCUUUUCAUGGGUGCAGUAACCAGACCUCCAAAUCUUUCGAUCAUCACUGAGUUUCUUCCUCGUGGAAGCUUGUUCCGGAUAAUUCAUCGUCCUCACUCUCAAAUAGAUGAGAAGCGCAGAAUCAAAAUGGCUCUUGAUGUGGCAAUGGGCAUGAAUUGCUUGCAUACAAGCACACCAACUAUUGUUCAUCGUGAUCUGAAGUCCCCGAAUCUAUUGGUAGAUAAUGAUUGGAAUGUCAAGGUGUGUGACUUUGGCUUGUCACGCUUAAAGCAUAACACUUUCCUGUCAUCCAAGUCAACUGCAGGAACACCCGAGUGGAUGGCGCCAGAAGUUCUACGUAAUGAACCUUCAAAUGAAAAGUGUGAUGUUUAUAGCUUUGGUGUUAUUCUCUGGGAGCUUGCGACUAUGAGAUUACCAUGGAGUGGGAUGAACCCUAUGCAAGUUGUAGGUGCAGUUGGUUUCCAAAAUCGGCGUCUUGAAAUCCCCAAAGAACUUGACCCUCAUGUGGCUAGGAUAAUAUGGGAAUGUUGGCAAAUGGAUCCAAAUUUACGGCCAUCAUUUGCAGAAUUAAGUGUGGCAUUAAGACCGU